AUGACCUUAAUGGAUGCCAGCUCAGCCAAUGACAGAAAAUCCUGGGGAGGCGAGGAUCAUCUUGCACCAAUUUCCAAUGCACUGGGCGUGGUAUUGGUGGUGUUUAACCCCUCUGCAGAAGGCUUAGUGACAACUUAUGGAAAUUCUGAUCGACCUGGACCUUUGAAAACUUAUUUCUUGGCCUUUGUGAAUGAAAACCAUUAUGAAAUCAUAUUCAAUGAAAACAUUCAUUGUCUACCCCCAACUCCUCCUCCAUCUGGAAAUCAACCAUCAAAUGAACCAACUGCUCUAGUUGAUCCUUAUGAUUUGAAUGAUCUUGACCUUGACAAUGAAAAUUUAAGAAAGUUUCACCGUGAUGCUUGGAAGCCAAUCAACAUUGGACUAAUGGAAAUAUUGAAAAAUCCUCAGGCUAGAUCAACUAGCCUUCCACUAGUUGAGAUUCCCUAUUAUUAUCCAUAUGGAUUGCUGGACGGCUGGGCAAUCACCAAUGAUUUUAUAAUUACGGAAAACAAUAGCUUUUACCAUGCGGUAUCCUAUUGGGUCAAUGGAAACCAAGAUCAAACUGGUCAAGAUUUGUCCAGACAACUCAGGCAAAUACAAUCAAGAUAUCUCAACCUCACCUGCAAGCAGUAUCAAAUAGUCAAAGAGUUAUUCUGUGGGCUGGAAGAUACAAUGGCAGAGGGCAGAUGGAGUAUAUUAUCCUAA